UAGCAAACGUUUAUUUUGGCUAUUAAUUUGUUCCCGCUUCGUGCUACUUAGCUAUUGUUUAAGUAUAGUUGAGUCGCUUGGUUGUAACGGUUGAGUGUAGUAGCCGCUACAUUUUCUGGUUUUCUUGAUACAUUUUACCAUUCCAGUUUUGGCCAUUCAGUGAGACCACUUUUAUAAAGUCAUGGCUUACAACUCGGCAAUAGUCGGGAGUUCGGGGGGCGAAUUGUCACAAAUGUCAAAGCCUCGUUUUUAAUACAUUAACGUGCUGCGUUUGUGUGCCGACCAGCAGUGAUGUUUUGAGGCAUUUGUAGUGUGACGCUGGCUUAUUUGUCUUAUUUGGCUCCCAUCAGUAGUGACACUACAUCUUUUGAGUGUAUAAGUUCGUUCCCACUGUGAAGUACUGUACGGUAAAAUGCAGAGCACUGUCAGUACUCGGAUUUUGUACUCAAAAUAGCGCUAGGGCAGAGACUAACUUGAAAUAAUGGCGGCUGAGUAGCAGCCUGUAGCGGGAAAGUACCGAACCGAAGAAGGAGAUGGAGCAGCUGUUGGAAGAGACAAAACCUCCAGAGAUGAGCGAGACGGACGUGACUACACAAAAAGAUGAUUUAGAUACCGAGUCAAACACACCAGAACAUCCAGAGGCGAGUGGAUGUGAAGUUGCUGGGUCAGCCGUACCAUCCUUGGUCAGUGAGAGCAGGAUGGAGGAUGCUGAUGGGAACGCUUCUGAAGAUACAGACAGGGAGAGCUCCUCUUCAUCGUCAAUGUCACUUGCCCCCGUCCUUGAAGAUGACAACGAUGAUGAGCGUGUAAGCCAACCUGUCUUCAAAACCAAAGAUGAAGUUUUACUCGAGAUGGAAGAGACAAAACCUCCAGAGAUGAGCGAGACAGACGUGACUACACAAAAAGAUGAUUUAGAUACCGAGUCAAACACACCAGAACAUCCAGAGGCGAGUGGAUGUGAAGUUGCUGGGUCAGCCGUACCGUCCUUGGUCAGUGAGAGCAGGAUGGAGGAUGCUGAUGGGAACGCUUCUGAAGAUACAGACAGGGAGAGCUCCUCUUCAUCGUCAAUGUCACUUGCCCCCGUCCUUGAAGAUGACGACGAUGAUGAGCAUGUAAGCCAACCUGUCCUCAAAACCAAAGAUGAAGUUUUACUCGAGAUGGAGCAGCUGUUGGAAGAGACAAAACCUCCAGAGAUGAGCGAGACGGACGUGACUACACAAAAAGAUGAUUUAGAUACCGAGUCAAACACACCAGAACAUCCAGAGGCGAGUGGAUGUGAAGUUGCUGGGUCAGCCGUACCGUCCUUGGUCAGUGAGAGCAGGAUGGAGGAUGCUGAUGGGAACGCUUCUGAAGAUACAGACAGUGACAGCUCCUCUUCGUCGUCCUCGUCCUUGUCACCUGCCCCCGUCUUUGAAAAUGACGACGAUGAUGAGCGUAUAAGCCAACCUGUCUUCAAAACCAAAGAUGAAGUUCUACUUGAGGACCUGCCUGCAGUGGAGGAGCUGAAGGUGUCAUUACCAGAGGGCGUGACCCUAAACCCAAUAGGAACGGUAUCCAGCAUUAUAGAGCAGCUCGUAAUAAUCCAGUCUUUGAGAGACACGCCCCCUUUGACCGAUGACAGCAUCAUCUUUCGAGACGAUCGACUCGCUUUGGGCAAGGUUUUUGAAAUAUUUGGUCCCGUUUCCAGUCCCCUCUAUGUUUUGCGCUUUAACUCUCCCGAGGAUUUAAGCAACAAGGGCCUGACGCUUGGCUUGACCGUUUACUAUGCACCAGAUAUGGAAGAGUACACAGGAUACAUACUCAUACAACAACUUCAACUUUUAAAGGGCUCAGAUGCAUCAUGGAAGAAUGACCAAGAACCACCGGAAGAGGCUUUAGACUACAGUGAUGACGAGAAGGAGCAGCAAGCUAAGAGAAUGAAAAACUCCAAAAAGAAGCAGAACAAAUACACAGAAAAUUGUGCUCAGGGAACUACAAACCAUAAGCCACAUCGCCAUGGUGUAACAGGAAGACAAACGGGGACGCAUUUCAGUCACCAGCCCUUGAGCCAGAACGUCCAACCACCAUUUCCUCACUCGCAUCCACCGCCUCAGCACGCACAUUUCCCCCCCCCUCCCUACCUUUACCCGCCCCACCCUCCACCCCCGCUCGCCUUUCUUCCUUAUUCCACCCCAUCGUUCUAUAAUCCAUCUUAUCCUCCUGCUGCCUGGCAACCAAACUUUGGACCAUUCUCACCACUUCCUCCACCCACCCCUCCCCCUGAGUGACCCCCAUCACACAGGCCGUACAUUAAAAGAACUGUAUUUUUUUUCAAAUUUGUAAAAUUAGAUAUGUUCAAGUGUAGAAACGUAGUUCUUGUAAAUAAAAUGUACAAUGAGGGUGGAAUCAUUUUGAAUGCAAAUGUGUAUACGGUAUAUGUACAGUAUUGCUCAUAAUUAGAUCACUUGGAAAUGUCUUUUAUUAAAGAAAUACAUGUUUUCAUGCAGUU